AUGGAUCAGUGUGAGGACAGAGAGGAGGGAGUCCCUCCCUCUAAAACCACUCUGUGUGGGGAAGAUGAGAGCCAGAGCAAAGGUCAGAGGAUCCAUCAGAGACGCAAACCAGAACCAGAACCAGAACCCAGCUGUGUGUCCUUGAAGAGUGACAGGUCAAAGGAUAAAUUCAUUUACUUUAAAUCUCCUGGAUCUCCACCAUCAGAGAGAGUGGACCAGCAGAGCUCAGAGGUUCCCAGUUGUCCGUCUGCCCAGCAGCAUCAAACACAGCUGGACUCCAUAUUCAUGACGCUGGAGGAAAACAUUGUCACUUUUCUGAAGGAUGAGCUGAAGAAGAUCCAUAAGAUUCUGAGUCCAAAUGACCCAGAAUGCUCAGAGAGUCAGAGAGAUGAUGAGGUGUUGGAAGGUGAGGAUGAAGAACAGAGGAGCAGCAGAGAGGCAGUGAUGAAGAUCACACUGAACUUCCUGCGGAGGAUGAAGCAGGAGGAGCUGGCUGACCGUCUGCAGAAACGUCUUGCUGCAGUUUGUCAACAUCAACUUAAAUCUGGUCUGAAGAAGAAGUUCCAGUCUGUGUUUGAGGGGAUUGCUAAAGCAGGAAGUCCAACCCUUCUGAACCAGAUCUACACAGAGCUGUACAUCACAGAGGGAGGGACUGGAGAGGUCAAUGAUGAACAUGAGGUCAGACAGAUUGAAACAGCAUCCAGGAAACCACACAGACCAGAAACAACAAUCAGACAAGAAGACAUAUUUAAAGUCCCACCUGGAAGAGAUCAACCAAUCAGAACAGUGAUGACAAAGGGAGUGGCUGGCAUUGGGAAAACAGUCCUAACACAGAAGUUCACUCUGGACUGGGCUGAAGACAAAGCCCACCAGAACAUCCAGUUCAUAUUUCCAUUCACCUUCAGAGAGCUGAAUGUGCUGAAGGAGAAAAAGUUCAGCUUGGUGAAACUUGUUAAUCACUUCUUUAGUGAAACCAAAGAAAUCUGCAGCUUUGAACACUUCCAGGUUCUGUUCAUCUUUGAUGGUCUGGAUGAGAGUCGACUUCCUCUGGACUUCCACAACAAGGAGAUCCUGACUGAUGCUACAGAGUCCACCUCAGUGGACGUUCUGCUGACAAACCUCAUCAGGGGGAAACUGCUUCCCUCUGCUCUCCUCUGGAUAACCACACGACCUGCAGCAGCCAAUCAGAUCCCUCCUCAGUGUGUUGGCAUGGUAACAGAGGUCAGAGGGUUCAAUGACAAACAGAAGGAGGAGUACUUCAGGAAGAGAUUCAGAGAUGAGGAGCAGGCCAGCAGGAUCAUCUCCCACAUGAAGACAUCACGAAGCCUCCACAUCAUGUGCCACAUCCCAGUCUUCUGCUGGAUCACUGCUACAGUUCUGGAGGGUGUGUUGGAGACCAGAGAGGGAGCAGAGCUGCCCAGAACCCUGACUGAGAUGUACAUCCACUUCCUGGUGGUUCAGACCAAAGUGAAGAAGGUCAAGUAUGAUGGAGGAGCUGAAACAGAUCCACACUGGAGUCCAGAGAGCAGGAAGAUGAUUGAGUCUCUGGGAAAACUGGCUUUUAAUCAGCUGCAGAAAGGAAACCUGAUCUUCUAUGAAUCAGACCUGACAGAGUGUGGCAUCGAUAUCAGAGCAGCCUCAGUGUACUCAGGAGUGUUCACACAGAUCUUUAAAGAGGAGAGAGGUCUGUACCAGGACAAGGUGUUCUGCUUCAUCCAUCUGAGUGUUCAGGAGUUUUUGGCUGCUGUUUAUGCUCAUCGAACCUUCAUCAAAUCUGGGGUCAACCUGUUGGAAGAAAAUCCACCAUCAUUUUUUUCUAAAUUUGAUUACAAAUCAAAUAUAAAUAAUCUCCAUCAGAGUGCUGUUAACCAGGCCUUACAGAGUCCAAAUGGACACCUGGACUUGUUCCUCCGCUUCCUCCUGGGACUUUCACUGCAGACCAAUCAGAGACUCCUAAAAGGUCUGCUCACAAAGACAGGAAGUAGGUCACAGACCAAUCAGGAAACAGUUCAGUACAUCAAGGAGAAGAUCAAUGAGAAUGUGUCUGCAGAGAAAAGCAUCAAUCUGUUCCACUGUCUGAAUGAACUGAAUGAUCGUUCUCUAGUGGAGGAGAUCCAACAGUCUCUGAGUUCAGGAAGUCUGUCCACAGAUAAUCUGUCUCCUGCUCAGUGGUCAGCUCUGGGUUUCAUUUUAGUGUCAUCAGGAAAAGAUCUGGAUGUGUUUGACCUGAAGAAAUACUCUGCUUCAGAGGAGGCUCUUCUGAGGCUGCUGCCAGUGGUUAAAGCCUCCAACAAAGCUCUGUAAGGACACAGAUUGUUAUUGCAUUUAUUGUUGAUCAACGGAAAACUUUUAAUGAGGUGCUAAAUAUUGAUUCAUGUUGUUUUAUUUUAUUUAUUGAUGCAUUGUCUCCCAGAUGUUGCCCACAGGGAUACAUCGGGGAAAAUGUCUAUUAAUAUGCAACAUCAUCACCAUAACAACACCAUCAUCAUUAUGCAUUAUUAAAGAAGCAAAACUCUUUCUGCUAAAACUGAGACUGGAUGAAUUUAGUUUUAUUGUGGAAUUC